AUGAGCAGCAGAAGGAGUAGUAGUAGUAGUAGUAGUAGCAGCAGCAGCAGCAUGAGCAGCAGAAGCAGCAGCAGCAGAAGCAGCAGCAGUAUUAGCAGCAGCAGCAGCAACAGCAGCAGCAGCAGAAGCAGCAGCAUCACCAGCAUUACCAGCAUCAGCAGCAUCAGCACAACCAACAGCAGCAGCAGCAGCAACAGCACCAUCAACAGCAGCACCAUCAGCAACAACAUCAGCAGCAGCAGCAGCAGCAGCACCACCACCACCACCAUCACCACCACCACCAUCACCAGCAGCAGCACCAUCAACACCACCACCACCACCACCACCACCCCCAUCACCAGCACCAUCACCAGCAGCAUCAGCAGCAGCAGCAGGAGCAGCACCAUCACCAGCAGCAGCAGCAGCAGCAGCAGCAGCAGCAGCAGCAGCAGCAGCAUUCGGUUCUAUUGUAAAACUAACAACGCCAACGAGCCCAUUUAA